GUGUUUGUUCGAACCUAUCGGGCCCUAUCGAUAUAAGCAAAAGCAUUUUUGCUGGAUCUACCAUUUUAUUUUAGUUAAUAAAAUACAUAUAUUUCCUCUCUUUUUGUUCCGUUUGUGCGCGUACAAAACUAGCUGCGAACUCGUGCAAUAUUUCAUAAACUGAAUGGGAAAACAACGUUAACGACGAAAGAAAACGAAAACGGAUCUGCGACGAAAUUUUCCCCGUUUCGUUUUUUUUUCUCCACCAGCAGCAGAAGCAGCAGAGCAAAAGCAGCGAAUAUAUUUGUAAAAGAGAGCCCCAACCUUGAGAAAAAACAACCAGCAGGGCAUUAAUUAUUUCAAUUUAUCGUCUGCUGUUUUUCAAGUGAACGCGUCCAACUGUUUUUGAAGCGAAGCGCUUAGGCGGAGGAGCAGCUAGCCAGGAUGGACAAGAUGCGGAUAUUGAAGGAAAGUCGCCCCGAGAUAAUCGUCGGUGGCAAAUAUAGGGUGAUCAGGAAGAUUGGAAGCGGAUCGUUUGGCGACAUUUACUUGGGCAUGAGCAUCCAGAGCGGCGAAGAAGUGGCCAUCAAGAUGGAGAGCGCCCACGCCCGCCAUCCGCAGCUGUUGUACGAGGCCAAGCUGUACCGCAUCCUGAGCGGCGGCGUGGGAUUCCCUCGUAUACGUCACCAUGGCAAGGAAAAGAACUUCAACACCCUGGUCAUGGACCUGCUGGGACCCUCUCUAGAGGAUCUGUUCAAUUUCUGUACGCGCCAUUUCACGAUCAAGACGGUUCUGAUGCUCGUCGACCAGAUGAUCGGACGCUUGGAGUACAUCCAUCUCAAGUGCUUCAUUCAUCGCGACAUCAAGCCGGAUAACUUCCUCAUGGGCAUCGGUCGGCACUGCAAUAAGCUCUUCCUGAUCGAUUUCGGUCUGGCCAAGAAGUUCCGCGAUCCGCACACGCGUCAUCACAUCGUAUACCGCGAGGACAAGAACCUCACCGGCACUGCCCGCUAUGCCUCGAUCAAUGCCCAUCUGGGCAUCGAGCAGUCGCGGCGUGACGACAUGGAAUCGCUUGGAUACGUGAUGAUGUACUUCAAUCGCGGCGUACUGCCCUGGCAAGGCAUGAAGGCCAACACCAAGCAGCAGAAGUACGAGAAGAUCUCCGAAAAGAAGAUGUCCACGCCCAUCGAGGUCCUCUGCAAGGGCUCGCCGGCCGAGUUCUCCAUGUAUCUGAACUAUUGUCGUAGCCUGCGCUUCGAGGAGCAGCCAGAUUACAUGUACCUACGUCAAUUGUUCCGCAUACUGUUCAGAACGCUGAACCAUCAGUAUGACUACAUCUACGACUGGACAAUGCUGAAGCAGAAGACCCACCAGGGUCAACCCAAUCCAGCUAUACUCUUGGAGCAAUUGGACAAGGACAAGGAGAAGCAGAACGGCAAGCCCCUGAUGGCGGACUAAGAGCUGCGCUUUCUGACGAGCGGGGGGAGUGCAUCAGAGAAGGAGAACGUGGAGCCGUGGAUGUAAAUGAGGAUGAUGUGAAUGGAAAGGAAAGGCCCCGCAAGGAGCGGAGCAAAUAUGAAACAGACGCAACCGCUAAAUUGAGUAACAGCAGCGGGCGUCCGAAUGUUUCUUAAUAUUAAUUUAAAUUCAAUACUAAACAAAUAAGGAACCACAGCAAGCAACGGCAUCAUCAGCAGGGCAUAUAAAAUGAUACCCCAGCAAAUGUGAUUCACGAGUGAAUCACUGCGAUCGAUAGUAACACAAACCGAAAUUAUUGCAAAUCAAUACGAUUCAAGCCAAUUUGCAAUCCACACACAAACCAACAUACUUGCAUAACACACAAACACACACACACACUCACUCACUCUCAUACACCCACUCAAAAAGCAAACAUCAUUGCCCAAAUGGGGGAGAAAAAAAGAAAGGAAAAGAAAAGAAAGGGAAAGAAAUCAACAACACUUAGCCUAAUAAAUUACACGAAAUAAUAUUGCUAGAGUUGGAGGAACAAAAUGAAGUAAUGCUGAGGAAACUAAACCUAUAUAUAUAUGUAUAUGUAUAUAUGUAAGCGAAUAAACACAACACCAUAUAUGUAUGCAUAUACCCAUUUGAUUCACGUCAAAUCGAAUCCAAUGCUUAAUUAUGAAACGAGCGAAACAAAACUCAAUAACUAAUUCAAAUGGAAUAAAUAAGAAAAUAAACAGCAACAAACAAACAAGAAUAAACAAUAAAAAAAUUAAUAAAACACACCGAGAAAAGCAAACAAAAAAAUAUAGUGGAGGAUGCGGAGGAGAAACAACCAAGCAAAGCCAACUGAGAUGGGGGAAAGUAUAAAAUAAAAGCAGCAACAAGAGUAAAACAAGCAAAUAAUAAUUAUAAUGAAGAAUGAAAAAUAAGAAAACAGACCGCAAAACUGCAAAGUAAUUUUGCAUAGUACGCCGUAAUAAUUAUAAAUAUAACUUAUAUUUAAUUUUUUGAAUUACAUCAAUAAAUAUGUUGAAAUUAAAUUUCGACUCGGAGCUGUUCACAUCUGCAUUAGACAGAGAUGGGGCAUACGAAAGGGAAAGAAGUCCAUUAAAAUAUAUUUAUUGUUGUAAUAUACGUCAUUGUUUAUUAGCGAUUAGCUCUAUUGGUUAAUAAUCUUUUUUUAAAAUUGUAGCAUAUAAUUAGUUCUUUUAUAAUACUAUAUUAAAUUUACAUAAACAUUGUAUAUUCAUAUA